CUGCGAGUGCAAAAGAAUAAGAAGGAUUUUGUUCAGGUAAGACUGGUCGUUGCCAACGGAAGGCUGUAUGCCAUAGGUGGGAAUGGCGCUACUGACCAGGUAACACUGGCCGUUGCCAACGGAAGGCUGUGUGCCAUAGGUGGGAAUGGCACUGCUGACCAAGAAACCGUUGAAAUUUUUGAUAUUGAAAGAAAUCAGUGGAAACAUCAUAGUUACUUGAAUGAGGGGAGAUAUAGACCAGACGUGGGUGUCAUCCAACUCUCAUGA